GUGCUGGAAUGCGUGCGCGCGUCGGACGGGCGGCGCGUGGCGCUCAAGGCGCUCAACGCACCGCCCAGCCUGCGCGCCGAGGGCCUGCUCGAGGCCGAGCUGCUGGCGCUGGCGGCGCGCGCCUCCCCGUACGUGGUGCCGCUGCUCGACCUCCUCGACGACGGCCCGCACGUCUGCCUCGUCAUGGAGCUGCUGGGGCCCACCCUGCGCCAGCUCCUGGAGGAGCGCCAGCUCUGCCCGCUCCCGCUCGCGCACGUCGCCUCUGUGCUCGCGCAGAUGUUCAACGCGCUCGAAGCGCUGCAGAUUCACCACAUUGUGCACACCGACGUGAAAACAGACAAUAUAAUGGUCGUCGACAGUCAAGAAGAAAUGUUGUUCGUGAAGCUGAUAGAUUUCAGCUGUGCCUUCUACAAGGACGUUCCCCAGCCUGACUUUUACGUGCAGACCAGAUACUACCGGGCACCGGAG